UGCGUGUAAAGGGAGGAUGCCCUACUGAGUACCACGAGGGACGGAAAGCUCGAGCCCCUCGCGUCGUGAUCGGCGUGGUUUUGAUGAAGACAGUGCUGACAGUCUCUGCUGAAGCACGUGCUAAUGCCGGGCGGCUUUAGGUGCGCGCGGGGAUGACGGAGAGGGCGCGCGAGGCGCAGGAAGAGAGCGGGAUACUCGAGAGGAGGAGGAGGAUGCAGGUGAGGGAGGCUGUGGACUGCAGUCUGCACUCUCGGAAGGAUCUGCCACUGCCGAGGAAGAGCAGCAGCUGUCGCACCAGUAACAGGAAGAGCCUGAUACUGACCAGUACAUCGCCCACUCUGUCGCGGCCGCACUCGCCUCUACCUGGACACAUAGGAAGCAGUCCGCUGGACAGUCCCCGUACUUUUUCACCCAGUGGCCCCGCCCACUUCUCUUUCGCCUCUUCCAGAAGGGCUGAUGGACGCCGCUGGUCUCUGGCCUCCCUGCCCUCUUCAGGCUAUGGCACCAACACACCCAGCUCCACGUCGUCAAGUUCCUCUCAGGAGCGUCUGCACCAGCUGCCCUUCCAGCCCACCAUGGACGAGUUGCACUUCCUGUCCAAACACUUUGGCAGCACUGAGAGCAUCACAGACGACGAUGGCCGGCGUUCACCACACAUACGGCCACGCUCUCGCAGUCUCAGUCCUGGUCGCUCGCCCUCCUGCUACGACAAUGAAAUUGUCAUGAUGAACCAUGUGUAUAAGGAGCGCUUCCCAAAGGCCACGGCUCAGAUGGAGGAGCGUUUGGCAGAGUUUGCCCAGUUGUACUCUCCAGAAAACGUGCUGCCGCUGGCCGAUGGGGUCUUGAGCUUCAUCCACCAUCAGACCAUUGAGCUUUCCCGAGACUGCCUGACCAAAUCACACGAGGGCCUCAUCACCACCGUCUACUUCUACGAGCUGCAGGAGAACCUGGAGAAGCUACUGCAUGAUGCACAUGAGCGUUCGGAGAGUUCGGAGCUGACCUUUGUGACGGAGCUGGUGAAGAAGCUCUUCAUCAUUAUCUCUCGCCCCGCCAGGCUGCUGGAGUGUUUGGAGUUUAACCCAGAGGAGUUUUAUCACCUGCUGGAGGCGGCGGAGGACCACGCCAAGGAGGGACACUUAAUGAAGACAGACAUUCCACGCUACAUUAUCAGCCAGCUGGGCCUGACCAGAGACCCACUGGAGGAAAUGGUGAAUCUGGACAGCUAUGACAGCGAGGGACCACACACGCCUGAGACAGAUGACUCAGCUGAGGGUAAAAUGAAGGCCAUGAAACCACCCUGUGAGUCAGACUUUCAGACAAUCAAACUCAUUAGCAACGGAGCAUAUGGGGCAGUGUACCUGGUCAGGCACAGAGAGACACGGCAGCGGUUUGCAAUGAAGAAGAUCAACAAGCAGAACCUGAUUCUGAGGAAUCAGAUCCAGCAGGCUUUUGUGGAGAGAGAUAUCCUGACCUUCGCUGAGAAUCCAUUCGUGGUCAGCAUGUUCUGUUCAUUCGAGACGCGCAGACACCUCUGCAUGGUCAUGGAGUACGUGGAGGGGGGAGAUUGUGCCACCCUGCUAAAGAACAUCGGGGCGUUGCCCGUGGAAAUGGCUCGUAUGUACUUCGCCGAGACUGUACUGGCUCUGGAGUAUCUCCAUAACUAUGGCAUUGUACACCGGGACCUCAAACCAGACAAUCUACUGAUCACGUCAAUGGGCCACAUUAAGCUGACUGAUUUCGGCCUCUCUAAGAUGGGUUUGAUGAGUCUCACCACGAACCUGUACGAGGGCCACAUUGAGAAGGACGCUCGUGAGUUCCUGGACAAACAGGUAUGUGGCACCCCUGAGUACAUCGCCCCAGAGGUGAUCCUGCGGCAAGGUUACGGUAAGCCUGUGGACUGGUGGGCCAUGGGCAUCAUCCUCUAUGAGUUUCUGGUGGGCUGUGUGCCUUUCUUUGGGGACACACCUGAGGAGCUGUUUGGCCAGGUCAUCUCAGAUGAUAUUGCCUGGCCAGAGGGUGAUGAAGCGUUGCCUAGCGACGCCCAGAACCUCAUUUCCACCUUGUUGCAGACCAACCCACUGGUGAGAUUAGGGACAGGCGGCGCCUAUGAAGUGAAGCAGCACUCGUUUUUCGCUGAUCUGGACUGGAACAGUUUACUGAGGCAGAAGGCGGAGUUUAUCCCUCACCUGGAGUCAGAGGAGGACACCAGCUACUUUGACACACGUUCUGAGCGUUAUCGGCACAUAAACUCUUAUGAUGAGGACGACACGAACGAUGAUGAGCCUGUAGAGAUCAGACAGUUCUCCUCCUGCUCUCCACGCUUCAGCAAGGUCUACAGCAGUAUGGAGCAUCUGUCCCAGCUGGAGCAGAAGACUCCUGUAGUGACCAGACGGGAGCCGAAGGGGCGACGUGAGGAAAAAAUGGCCAAGAGAGAGAGCCUCGGCAGCUUCAGCAAGAGCUGGAGGACCGGCUCACCUGAGAUGAAGCGCCUGUCGUGUUCCGAGUCUCUGUAUACAGAGGGAGACUCCAGUCCUCCGCUGGGUGCCCGGCGUCGUUUUUCUGCGCUGAUGGACACGCACCGUUUCGCCUCACCUCUAGAGUGCAACGGAGAGACGCAGCCUCAGCAGAGUGCUAAGAGCAGGGGGUCAUCGUUAGAGGGCACCACCGCACCCCCAUCACCUGCUAGCGAACAAAGUGCAGCAGUGAGUGCAGGAGAUAAGCCAUCCAGACCUGGUGAAGCAUCUGCCCCACAAGCCAUACCAUCAGCAGCAGCAUCUUCCGUAGUACCCGUCUCCCGGGAUACGGUUGCCGUGGGCGACUCCCACAGCCAGCGGGCCACCAACGACCUGGUUCUACGGCGGGCUAGACAUCAGCAGCUUUCUGGAGAUGGAGAGAAACGAACUUCGCGCCCCGGCAACAAAGUCAUCAAGUCUGCAUCAGCGACUGCACUGUCGGUCAUCAUCCCUGCAGUGGAGCAGCAUGCUAGCUCUCCUUUGGCCAGCCCAAUGUCUCCUCGCUCAGUUUCUUCCAACCCAUCAUCACGGGACUCAUCACCCAGCCGGGAUUACAGCCCAGCGGUCAGCGUGCUCCGUUCACCAAUCACCAUCCACCGCUCGGGCAAGAAAUACGGCUUUACACUGCGCGCCAUCCGUGUGUACAUGGGGGACAGUGACGUUUACAGUGUACACCACAUCAUCUGGCAUGUAGAAGAAGGAGGUCCGGCCCAAGAAGCAGGGCUAUGUGCUGGUGACCUCAUCACACAUGUCAAUGGAGAGUCUGUGCACGGCUUGGUCCAUACAGAAGUGGUGGAACUCAUUCUUAAGAGUGGCAAUAAAGUGACUGUGACCACCACACCCUUUGAGAACACAUCUAUCAAAGUGGGUCCAGCUCGCAGAUCCAGCUACAAAUCCAAGAUGGCCAGACGUAGCAAAAGGCCAGUCAAAGAAGGACAGGAAAGUAAAAAGCGCAGCUCUCUGUUCCGUAAGAUAACCAAGCAGUCAAACCUGCUCCACACUAGCCGUAGUCUGUCAUCUCUGAAUCGCUCUCUGUCCUCCAGUGAGAGUCUUCCUGGGUCUCCAACUCACAGUCUGUCUGCCCGCUCCCCAACCCAGAGCUACCGCUCCACACCUGACCCGUCUUACCUUGGUGCCUCUUCUCAAAGCAGCUCUCCAGCUUCCAGCACCCCGAAUUCUCCUGCUGCCUCUCAGCACAUGCGACCCAGCUCCCUCCAUGGCUUGUCCCCUAAACUGCAUCGGCAGUACCGCUCAGCCCGUUGCAAAUCUGCUGGCAACAUCCCUCUUUCUCCUCUGGCACACACUCCAUCUCCUACUCAGUCUUCACCGCCACCCUUGCCAGGACAUACCGUUGGAAGUUCCAACACAACACAGACUUUCCCUGCCAAGCUUCACUCAUCUCCUCCUAUCACAAGGCCCAGGCCCAAGAGUGCUGAACCGCCCCGAUCGCCACUUCUCAAGAGAGUGCAGUCUGCGGAGAAGCUUGGAUCACCACUUUCAUCUUCUGGGGAAAAGAAAGGAGGGAUCGGGGCAAUGAGGAAGCACAGUCUAGAAGUAGUCCAUUCAGAAUAUCGUAAGGAAGGGUUCCACUGUGAGCUGGGUCUCCAGAGCUUGUUGGAGACAGAAGGGGAGAAUCUGGCCUCAACUUCAGCAACUACGCCAUCACCUACUCAGCCUACUGUCCCAUCACCCCCAGAAAUGGGUGUUUUUAAGCCUGUACGCAAGCUGGGCAGGCAGGAAUCACCCCUGAGUAGAGAUGCUUUGCUUGCUGGCAGAGAGAGAGAGAAGGAGCUUGAGAGACAGAAGUCUUUAGAUGCAGUCCAGGGAAGUGACAGUAAACUGGCAAUAGUCUUGGAGAAGUCCUUUUCUGCCAGUAAGACAUUUGAAAGAACUGGGACUGACCAAGGAGCCUUGAGCAAGAAAGUCCCAGAUGAUAAAUCAAGUCACAUAAAAUCCCCAGUUGUUGAUGUGUCACAGCGGUCACCAUCCACCCUAAAAGAUGCCAGCCCUGCAAGGCUUGAACCCAGUCUGCCUAUUGUAACUAGGCCUUCACCUGUUGUACCAGAGUCUAAAUUUAGUGUUGUCCCUGCCAUUCCCUCGCCUCUGACUACUAUGUCCAUCCCUGCUGCAAAAACUACAGACCCCAGCAUUCCCAGUGUUGGAGCAGGAAAUGGAAGUCAAGGUUGUGCCACAAAAACUCCAAGCAAAGUUGUCCUAAUCCAGACAACUGUGACUACCAAAACUCAGACGUCCCAAAGUUUGGCAAGCACCAAGGACUUCUCAGAAAAGAAGAGUGACAAGGAUGCUGGAAUUAAAGAAGUAGGAAAGACUCUCACCGCCGUUAGGUCUAGUUUACUGUGUAGUGGCUCUGUGAAGGCAACUCCUGUUGCUGACAUUCAAGGGGUACCCUCAAGUGCUACAGAGGUGUCCAGAGCAACCAAGGGACCGUCAGAUGGAGAAUGUCUGAAGAAGUUGGGUGCAGAUACCCAUGGUAGGACUCCAGAUAUGAAGUUGAGAACUGGCUUACCUCCAUCCAAGGGAGUAGUUCCACUUCACCCACACCAGGUACAGUCUCCUGCUCUGGGCAAGCUCUGUCAGGACAAGGGCCUCUCUCCAGUCAACUGCUACCGUGGCACCUUGGACUGGGAAGAUAAGUGUCUCUUGGAGGUUGUUGAGGAGCAUUCACCUUCCCCUACUCCUUCCCCAACUGGAGCCACCCCUAGCUCCUCCAAAGCACUCCCGGUGUCUCCUGGUGACAAAUAUGUCAGUGUGGCUAAAACUGUGGAAGAACCUGUCAAAAAGGGAACUCUGGAUGGAGCUAAAACCAAGGAAGCCAGUAAAUCAGCAGAAGAAACUCAGGCUAGUGUGCAAGGAAAGACUGAGGCUUCAAGUGGGAGUAAGCAUAGCUCGAAAGUAGCAGCUCCAAGCCCUUCUGAUGCAGUGCCGCAUGAAAAGAGUGGGAGCACUAAGAAUGGCUUGUGACCUUUCAGCAAGUCUAGUAUUCCAUUUAUUGGAGAUUUCAAAGGAUGCAGUGUUGUCGGGCAAUUGUAAGGACAUUCCAGCAAGUAAAUACCAAGGUCAAGCGGGAGAAACAUAAUGUAAGACUGAACAAAACAAAUGCUCUGAGGUACUUCUUAUAAGGGUGUUAUUUGUUGUAGAUAAAGAGCAGUUUGUCACAGAAUUACAGAUGUACUGCAGCUGUGGGCACAAGAGAAAGAGAAAAAGAAUGAAUGAGUGAGUGCAUGUCUUGUGGUGCUUGUGUGACAAAGUGAAAAGGCAAGCGCAAAGUGCUUUAACUGAUCAAAUGAUGCUGAAAACUGUGAACACCAAAAUCCAUGUUCCUCCAUUUUCUAACCAGUGUGAGCAACCUAUUUCUUAAGUGACGUGGAAAAUAGGCAUUUGUUCCUGCAACGUUUACUGAGCAGACAAUAUCGCAACCGUCUUAAUUGGUAUAUAUAUGUGAGGGAUGCAUUCUUAUUCUCGUCUUAUGCUUGAUUCAUCAUUCCCUAAUCCUUAAUCAGCAUGAUGUCGAGUGACUAGUGGCUAGUGCUCAUGCUGCCUGUGGGCAUGCCUUUCAUGCUGUGUUGAUGGAGGGACAAGUAGGACCAAAAAUAUCAGAGAGAUUUCAUUUUCCUGUCAACCCAUAAGCCGAUGGAGCAUUUAAGUGGCCGAGAUUUAGCGUUUGAAUUAGCCUGCACUGCAUGGGCGACUGCAGCCUUCUUAUCAGGUACUAGCAGGAGGCCUAGCGUAGCUGCCCGGUGACAGCUGCCUCCAUCGCAGCUUAGGCAGCAGAGGCGUAAUUGCUGACUUGGGCUGAUUUUAACAGUGUUUGUGGGCUUUAAAUCUGCUAUGCUCUACUUGAAAGACACUUUACAGCUAUUAAAGAAAGAUACUACUCUUGCUGUUUAGUCCACCCUUUUAAGGGGUGGUUGUGAUUGAUGAUAAGGAAAGUAUUAAUUUAAAAAAAUCAAAGAUUUGCACAAAUUAAAUCUGAAAUAUGCGUUAGCUAGCACAUGCAGGAAUCCAUGCAAGUAUUCAGGACAGGCUAUUUUAAGUGAGUUCAUUUCCAUUUUACGGUAGGCUAAACCAUCUCUAUUAAAUUGAAAUACUGAACAGUAUAUACUGCUAUACAUUUCAGGUUGUUUAUGAACUCAGAAGUGAUUGAUAUUACCUUCUUUGACAGACACUAACUAUACAUAUUCAUAGCUUUUAGUUCUACAUCCUCUUAUGGUACGAGAUACCAUAUUGAACCAUUUAAUGAAGCCUGAGGGACCCAACUAUGAUGUAACAUGGUGUUGUCACCUGACUGAAAGUUAGACAUAUGAUGUAACAGUGGUUGUACCAAGCUAACAACAGUUCUCUGUUCUAGAACUACAGUGAAAAACUAUACCUUUCCCAAAACAACCCAAACAAUCAAAAAGGUCUAUAUAUAAUCAUGUUUCUAUGACAGAGAUUGUACUGAAGCCCUCAAUGUACUACAUAAAGAUGAUAGAUCUAUGAUCGAAACAUAGAUAACGAUAUGAUCCAAACAGUAGCGCGACAAUGCUAAUGCUUUGGGGGUGAAAGAAGCCCAAACUAUGAAAUGGGGUGUAUGAACCUACAGUUGUUAUUCAUGAAGGCCAAGUAUAACAACUGAGAUGUUGAGAUGUAAACAAGGUCAUUCAGAGUGGUUUCAUGUGAAAUGGUUCACUGUAGAGAAAGUUACGGACUCUGAUUUCAUUACUGUGGUGGUGACCACCGAACCUACACACGUCUUUCGAGGUUUUACAUGUGAUGGUGAUGAUGGUAGAAUAGUGGUAAUAUGCAAAAAAAAAAAAACAGUUGUCUCAUGUCCCUCAUGCAUGUCCCUCUCCACCAUUAAUGGGUUAAGAAACGCAUUUUUUUCACCAAAACCUUCUCAAAACUAUCAUAACAGUGUCUCAGUCGACAGGCAGUGCAUUUGUAACAAAUUCAUGUAGCAACUCUCUGUGAAGGAACUUUUAAAGCCACUAAACUCUUGAGAUGUCUGGUUCCUAUCACCACCGCUGUGAACAUUUUCGACUCUCAGGUUUCUCUAGAUUGGAGCGUUUCACAUCAAACCACUCGGAGUUAAGUUGUUUAUAUAUCAUCAUUGAAAUUAUGCAGAUCAUUUUUUAAAAAGUGUCAUUCCCUUUAACAAGUAUCAUCCAUAUAUUGUACACAUCAUUUUUGCUCUAGCAGCAGUGUUUCUCUUGGGCUCUAUUACAGUGUUCCAUGUGGUCUUAGUGAAGUGAGGCCUAAUCAGCAAAAACUUUGUAUGUAAAGUCAUUUCUUUGGUGUUUGCUCUGUUUGCAUUUCACAGUGGAACAGAAUAUUCAUGAAUAUGCACCGUUUAUGCAGAUACAGAAAUCCCUUUACGUGUCAGGAAUCCCUGAGUGAGAUAUGAACUAGAUAUAAGAGGCACAAAUUACAGCUGUGUCCGAACCACAUACUACACUAAUGAAUGGGCUUCUAUUGGUGGUGUACUAUUCUCGAUUCUUCAUGCUAUUUAGUGUAGUAGGAUGCAGUUUUGGACACGGCCUGUGCUUUCUUCUCCUGUUUGACAAGAAUGGUUUGUGACCGUUCUUAUGUGCUGGGAUGUGCUGCCAUCUGGUGGCUAAAAUCACUAAACUGUGCAUGAAUCCAGCCCCCCAGGACCAGAGUUCCCCACCUCAGUCUCAAUAUUUUGCGUUGGGAUCUUUUUUGUUGUAAAACGUCUUGAGAGAGUCUCAGUUUUGCAUUUCAUAACAAGAUACUAUAUAUAUAAUAUAUAUUAUAUGAUCCGAUAGUGUUCACCUGCUUUCUCCCACGUUUGACAGAUAUAGGCAUUUAUAAGAUUUCUGCUGUCAGUGAGCCUGAAAUGAGGGAGGAGACACAAACUGAAGUUUAAGGGACAUUUUCACAUGUCCAUCUAGCCUAACUCUGCGCAUCAGUCAUUAUUGGUUAGGAUUAUACAGUGAAAAACGCAUCCUAGGUCAUCAUCUCACUCAUGUGGCGGUUCUGUUACACAGUUGAACUUUUUUGCUCUCUCUCGUUCACUAUAUUGAAACGACACUGAACUGUAACAUGCUGGGGGCUGUUUAUAUGCUGUCGGAAGCCUUUGCUGGAGAGAAGUGACCUCAUCCGGUCACCUCGCUGACCUGAUCUCGUGCUCGGCCCACAAAUCUUUUGUAGGAGCUGUUGCUUGUUGGCCUCAUGGAAGGUUGGCAACCCAAUGACUUUGGCCUGGAGUUUAGAUUUACCACAUAACCUUGAGCUUCCAGUUUAAAACGCAUUGCUACAGAGCUAGUCUAUGCUGUUAUAGCUAAUCGGGAAUAGGCAAGUUGGAUACAACAACAAAGUAAUCACCAUGACAUCAUAUUAGCUUGAUUAGGCUACGUGACAGAGAAACUGGAACUGUUGUUGUUGUUUUUUUUAACCUGUGCUUGUGUGAACAUGUUUUUUUUUAAAAAGCCAAAGAAGGAAAACCCCCAUUUUUUAAACAUGUGUGUAAGUGUGUACUAGGCCUAGGGCUGCGGCGCAGGAGGGGUGCUGGAGUGUGUUGUUAAUUGAUGCUGAUCAUUAAUAGAAUUAAUAGAAUUUCCGCUGUUGUACAUUAUCACAGUUUGUUCCACCCCUAUUAAGCUACAGAUUCUCAUUAAGCUCAAUGGUAGUUUUGCGCAUGCUACUAGCCUAGCCUUUUAUUUCACCUCGUUCAGCUCCUAAACGGAUCCCGAGUGUGAUAAAUGAUUUUGAAGGUUUUAUUUCGUUAAACGUAUCACAUAAGAGUGUAAAAAUGAUCUUGACGUCUACUGGCGCACUCACAGCACUACAGCAGCACUUUGUGACUUGGCUCUACAUGUGCUCCUUGAUGCUACGCGUCCACUGUGUGUGUAGUUUCAGCUACACUAGACGUUAUUAAGUCCGUUAACAACUUUCAUUGUUAAGCCAGGUUUACAAACUUAAGCUGUGAUUAAUCCCAACGUGUGUGCACACGAAAGCAUGACAGCUAUGGCAACCAGCCAUCUGCGUGAAACAUGAGGAGGAAAAAUGUGAGAAGGUCACGCAUUUAUAAGCUCUGUCUCCACUGCGACCGUGCCGAUGCUUAGUAGAGUAACAAUUGCUUUAUGUUCUUAGCAUCAACAGUGGCUUCUUCUGCUAAAAGUGAUAUACGCCACAAACGUCACAAAGGAAAAAAAAAGUCACCCAAUCACCCUUGUCCCAAACUGGUCAGAAGCUCAGCCUGAUUGGUCUAAGAGUUCUUUAUGAUCAGAAAUCUCAAAGUUCUGCUACAUGCACAUGAAAAACCAUCAUCCUGCUCUUUACAGCAGGACGUGGCUGUGAGUGGAAAGGAGACACGCCAGUUGUUGGCAUGGUGAGAGUUUCAGCAGUGUAGAUUGUUAAAAGAACGCUCUGCACUCUUCUGUUUUGUGUUGUGUAUAAUACUGGGCUCAUCUUGAAUUCAACAACGAGAUGUGUGGCAUCUAUGGUCCCCCAAAAAAUCAACACCAGGUUUAUUCCACCACUGCAGUCGACUGUUGCCGGUGGCGGUGACAGAAUUUUUCGUCGCAGCUCCAUUGAAAACAGUGGAAUAUCCGGUUUGCUGAUGUCUGUCUACCACCAAAGUGUGAAAGCAGCAUUAGCCAAGAAAUGAUCCUCUGUCAUGAGACAGAAUAUUACAGAGCCCCGAAGGGGCCGUGAUAAAAAAAAAGUUAAUGACAUUGCGUUCCCAUGCAAAAUAUAUGCUCGUCAGACAGCAAGCAAACGUAGGACCAGAGGUGCCCAAUGACAUUGUCUGCAUUAGAGCUUUGUUUUUAAUAUUAAACUAUGCUGAAACCCUGUUUUCCCAGUUUUGCCAGUCUAUGCUGAGUUUAUUCAGCAGUUGUUCUCUGCAGUCUCUGUAAAUGUAGCUUUUACUGUACGAGGACACUCAAUCUCAGUUUCAGUUUGCGUCACUAAUAACAGAAUCAUGUUUGAUUUUGAGAGGCGAUACUAUGUCUUUAUAUUUCAAUCCAGGAUCAAAGUCAAAUUCAAUGUGCUGCUUCAUCUCUGAGCUUAAGCAAAGCACAGCUUUUGCAAGCGAAUGCAAAACAUUUGCAUCGUAAUGCAAAACAUUUGCGAGCGAACACAAUGUUAUUAAUGGGGCUCUGUAGAAUAUCCAGGGUUAGAUUGAACUAAGCUUAAAGUUGGCCAAUCCAUAACUACUGCUCCAUGAGACAGACCCCUGAGCUUGGAGGCAGGAGAAAGUUGCAAACAGUGCAGAUACAUUAGAGAUCAUAAUUAAUGGACAGUCCUAAGUCACAUGUCUACGAUUGCACAUUGUUACAGUUUUCCAUUGUGACCACACAAGGUCAAGAUGCACUGUUUACCCCUAACUUGGUAUUAUUUCCACAGGUUAUUUUAUAGCAGAUCAAAGCCACGGUGAUCUUCACAGAUGUGGCAAUGUGCCGUCUGUAUAAGGCUACUGGCCUGACUGAUUUGAAAUAAUUAGAUCAGCACAUCUCCAUGUUAAACUAAUCCCAUCUGAAUAGUACUUCAGACGUAAACUGCCCUUUAAAGGCAAACACCAGAGAGCAGUGCUGAGUAGCCCAAGACUUUGCCUUUGCUUAAUGUGUGUCCAGAAAAAAAGUAUGUCUGUAAGCAAAGCCUUAAUAUCAAGAUGUUUUUUUAACUUGGCAUCAAUGUGUCAUACUCUCAGUGUAUCAAACAAAGAUGCUCUUGAAAUAUCCUAUUUGUGCAUCAUAUCUAGAACAUAUGCACUGAUAGAGAGAAUGUUUCUGAUGGCUCUGAAACAAGUGCACAUUUCUGAAGGAUAUUUUAUAACAAUGAAUAAUUAGGAAAGCUAACGGGCCCACUAGCUUUAAUUUAUUCCACCCUAAAUGGGCUUUCCGGCCCAAAACUAGCAUUUAAUGUGUUAUUUUCCGUGUUAUGUAAUGUUUCCCUCAGACUCAUCCGUCAAGAAUUCACAAUUUCUGUAUCCUUUUUGUGACCAUCACUGUUGUCUCACUACAAUACCCAGCAUGCAUUGCAAAAAUGGCAUACCACUGAGAUGUUAUAUUUUACAGGACUCCGGAGAGGCAAUGAGGUAUUUUUUUCUGGAUUGCUAUGUUGAAAUAACCAGUUAACUAUCUUGUGAUCUCAAGAUGACAAAAGUCGUUAACUUGAGACCACGAGUUAAUUAUUGUGUGAUCUCAAGAGAGCAGAGUUGUUCAUUUGAGAUUUGAGAUUUGAGAAGUAUUUCACAAGAUAUUUAACUCGUUAUCUCAAGAUAACAAUCCAGAAAAUUAUAGCAACAGCUUCUCUACAGAAGCUUGAGAUCACUAAAUAAUUAGCUCAGUAUCUCAAGGUAACAGUGCAGAAAAUUAUACCAGCAGCUCAUGGCCUCUUCAGACUUCUGUAAUAUGUGGCUUCCUGGCAGUAAUGUUUGCUAUCUGUAUUAGCCAGCUAGCAGUAAGACAAAUAGCCCAGCCAUAAGUGACCACCCCAAUGUGCUUGUAUUUUUUCAAAUGUCCUUCCCACCUUCAAGAUACUUCAUCAGAAGGAUGUGUUCCUACUGUUUUACCUGGAAUAUCUCACUUCUGACACCACUGUGGCACCGCUGUAGGAGGCGAGUACACACGUUUACAACAGAUGUGGUGUAUAGUUAUAUUUUCUGCCUUUGCCAGAGGUCCCUUUUAAGGUUGCCCUUUGGCCCAGUUUGGGAAAUCUGCUUUAUAAGCAUCUAGUGUUGAAGUUCUAACUGAUCCUAGACAAUUAUAUGCAGCUUUAAAACAAGUAAAUCAAGUCUGGAGUAGUUCAGAGACAGCAAGUCCCUUCAUUAGAGUCCUUCCACGUACAGCACUUCUCUGACCUGUCUUUUGACUGUUGUCACCUUCAACAUGUGACUGUUAUAGUUUAUCGAAACAUCAAAAAAAGAAAUAAAACAAUGUUUUGUAAAGUUUUAUUAUGUUGCACUGUAUAGCCUAGUUUCUUAUUCUUAACGUACAGAAAAUGAUUUUGACGAAUAUAACAGAGUAGUUUGGUGGGUGAAUCAUGUCCUGUGGCAAAAGAAGUCCUCACUUUCCAAGUAAAAGAUGGUGUUCACUUCAACCUAGUUUAUAUCCUACAAUGUACUCAGUUCCUGUGAUCAUAGUUUGAGAUUUCUUUGUGGAUUUUUUUUUUUUUGUAUCUUAUUUAUAAAUUGUGAUCUAUUGAGAAUGCACUUUAUUUUCUGUCAGAUUUUAUUUUGUUCCAGAAGUACAUGUACUGUAUUAAUGUAUUACGUAGCUGUCGAAAAAAAGGUAUUUAUAGAAAUGUACAUAGAAAUGCAGAUAUUCUGUGCUAACGUGAAUGUUUUAGAGAAAAAGAGAGAGAUAAAGAGUGAAUGAAAGGAAGAAUCAUUUAUUAUGUAUCGAUUAUUUCAUUGCACUCUUAGCAGCUGGUUGAGUUGACAGUUAAAAGCUGGCAUAACUUACACUGUUAUUCAUUUUAACUAUUUAUUUAUUUGUUGUCUUUGGCACUUUUGCUUGUACAGCAAAUGUCAUUCGAUGCAUAAACACCAGAAGUGCAGUAUGUAUGUGUACUCAAAUUAAUAAACUGAUAUUGUAUACCUAU